AUGGCUCCCAAGAUCGCCAUUUACUCCAUGUACGGCCACGUUAAGACGUUGGCCGAGGCUGAGAAGAAGGGUGCUGAGAAGGCCGGUGUGACCGCCGACCUCUUCCAGGUUCCGGAAACUCUCCCCGACGAGGUUCUGAGCAAGAUGCACGCACCUCCCAAGGCUGACGUGACGGUUUUGGAGGAUCCGGCAACUCUUGAGCAGUACGACGCGAUGCUCAUCGGUAUCCCCACCCGUUACGGCAACUUCCCUGCCCAGUGGAAGACCUUCUGGGACAAAACCGGCAAGCAGUGGGCGGCCGGUGACUUCUACGGCAAGAUGGCUGGCCUCUUCGUCUCGACUGGCACUCUUGGUGGCGGUCAAGAGUCCACGUGCCUGGCUGCCAUGUCCACCCUUGCCCACCACGGCAUCAUCUAUGUUCCAUUCGGCUACGCCAAGGCAUUUGGCCUCAUGUCCGACUUGAGUGAGGUUCAUGGCGGUAGUGCCUGGGGUGCUGGUACCUUUUCGGCUGGUGAUGGUAGUCGUCAGCCCUCGGCACGCGAGCUCGAGAUUGCAGAGAUUCAGGGUGAAUCCUUUGCGCAAACCGUGCUCAAGCACUUUGGCUAG